AUGUUCGCCGCCACCAAGGUCCCAGGCGAGUCGACAAGCCAUCGCGUCGCGCCGGCUUCCGCGUCCAAUCCCCUGGACAACAUCGCCAACGACGCCUGGAGGCAGUUCUUCUCCACGGACGUGCGAGGCAAAACGCCGCUCGGGUUCGCUGCGUUUUUCAUGGACAUCGCCCUGCUUCCACCGGAGCGACGGUCCCAUAGGUUGUGGCUCGUCGGGGAGGUCUGUUGCGUCUUCGCAGGAUUGAUGCUAUUCUUCGCCUCAACGGUUGGAGACCUCGAAGCCACCGAUAACCUCGGCGUCGCAGCCACGUGCAUUGGAUCCUUCUCCGUGCUGCAGCUCGUCGUCGCGUGUCUAUUUUCGGCGCUGCCGGUAACCAUGUGUACGAUGCCGGACCUGACCUCAAUUUUCGCCGGAUGCAAGAUGUUGGGGUGGGCGAACUUUUUUCUGACUAAUGGAACCAUACUCACGUUUGCGGCGUUCGUGUGUGACGCGUUGGCCAAAGCGAAAAGUAGGCUCCUCGGGUGGGUCGUUUGUGGCAUGGGCAUAGCACUAUUCAUGAGUAUAAACGCGUUUAUGUCAACAAUCGUCAUGGCUUACUAUCCGCUCCCCCAGCAUCACCAGCAGGCGUGGUAUUACCAGGCGUUCGCGCCAAACAUCGCGGCCAGCAACUACAUCAUGGGGAGAAAGAGCCUGCAGGAGGGGGCGGACAUCCAGCUCGCCAGGAUGCUCGCGGGACCCAUACCCGACGACCUGCGCCUGGUCCUCGACGGCGGGCCCGGCGAGAAGUGA